AUGGAAGCAGAUUCAGACGACCAGGACUCGACCUAUGGCACCUCGAUCGCGAGCGACACCACGUCGUUGAAAUCCCACAUUCUGAAUUAUCGCUUUGAACAUGGGCGCCGAUACCAUGCGUACAAGGAGGGUUCCUACCUCUACCCGAACGAUGAUCAAGCGUUGAAUCAGAUGGAUAUUGAGCACCAUAAUCAAGCGCUCCUGCUGGGAAAGUUGCAUCUGUCACCUUUAAAUGAUCCGAGCGAGGUGCUGGACUUGGGAACCGGUACUGGUAUUUGGGCCACAGACAUGGCUGACACGUAUCCGGCUGCCAUGGUGACCGGCGUAGAUCUAUCUCCAACACAGUCGGAAAUAGUUCCACCAAAUGUGAAAUUCGAGAUCGAUGAUUUCAGAGACGAGUGGACUUUUGGCGAAAAUCAUUUCGACUUCAUCCACGGUCGAUUUUUGAUCGGCUCCGUUGAGGACCAACCCGCUCUGUUGCGACAAGCCUUCCGAGCCCUGAAACCAGGCAGCUGGUUCGAACAGAACGAGGUCGAGGCGGGCAUCUACAGUGACGAUGGCACAUUCCCGAUGGAUGGUCACUACGUCCGCUGGGCAGAGAACCUAGUGUCAGCCAUGCAAAAGAUCGGCCGGCCCUGGCCGAUGGCUUCGGAACUCAAAACCAUGUUCGAACAGGCUGGGUUCGAGAAGGUCCAGGUUGAGGAAUUCAAGAGGCCCAGCAAUGACUGGCCCAAGGAUCCGCGAUUCAAGGAAAUCGGCAGGUACACAUACCUGAACUUCAUGGAAGGGCUGGGUGGCUUCACCAUGGGCCCUUUCACGCGCAUACUUGGCUGGUCCCAGGCCGAGGUCGAGGUGCUGUUGGCGGGUGUUCGCAAGGAGUUUGGCACCCGAGCAUACCACGGAUAUCAGAAAUCGUAA